CUUGGCCGACUUUUUUUCUUCCCCUCCUUGUCUGGAGUGUUCGCCACCGCCCGUCUUUUCCUUCAGUCAGUUGGGGAGAAACAGAGGAGGAGGUGAAGGGCCUCUACAAGUGUCUGCACUUCUCUUAACGGAUUCUCCGCAAAUUUGUCUUAAAAGACUAGUUGUAGACCUGCAGUGGAGUCGGUCUGGGACUUUUGAGUUUCAUCCACCAUGGGGGACGUCAUUUCCAGUCACCUGGAUGAAGCCAAGCGGGAGAUUAUCACAGCUCGGACUGGGGAGGUUAUCGGGGAGUUUGGACAUCUGUAUGAGCAGCAGUACGCAGUGGCUCUCUUCAACAAUGUUCGCCUUGACAUAGAAGGAGGAGGUGGCCCUCAACCUCAGCUACUACACCGCAAGAUUCCUCUGGAAAACAAGUCCAUCUUCUCUGGCUCACUCUUCCAAUACCUGGAGGAGAACAAGAAAUGGAGGAGCCACUUCCUCUUCGUCCCAGACUCCUAUAACAUCAACUAUUAUGACAACAAAGCGUCCCAUGACAGACGCCUCCAUCCCAAAGGAACCAUCAACUGUGCUGGCUACAGAGUGCUGACAUCUAUGGAGCAGUACCUGGAUCUGAUUAGCAGUAGCCUGCCUGGUGUGAAAGCCAAGGUGGGAAGUUCACCCUUCCUAAAGUGUGCCAGCCAGUUUCCUCUGAUCCUCUGGCACCCGUACGCCCGUCACUACUACUUCUGUGUGACGACAGAGAAAGAGCAACAGAAGUGGCUUGCUGUCCUUCAGGACUGUGUUAGACACGCCAACGACGGUUUGUCGGAGGAGGAUAAAGUCCAAACGCCGGCCUUCACUGACGCAGUACGACUCUACCGCCAAGCUCAAGGGCACUAUGGCAGCUGGGAAAUGAUGUGUGGUGCACCAUCACAGAUCCUGUCUAACCUGGUGAUGGAGGGUCUCCUUCCUGAGCUGCGGGAGCUCAUCUCACCCCGCCUCAAAGGCAAACUACACGAGAGGCAGAGGAACUGGAUGCUGAUCAGUGAUGCGGUUUACAGCCUGGUGCAGGAGCAGUGCCAGACCCAGUAUGAGGCACUGCUGCAGAAGUGUGGGGCGGCCCGCUCCUCUCUAGACGCCUCCAUACGAACAGACAUGGACCAGAUCAUCACAUCUAAGGAGCAUGUCACCAACAAGAUCAGGGCGGUGGUUCUCCCCAAAGCCGAGAAGCUGUUGAAGGUGAGCAUCCAGCCCUACAUCAGCUCCAUCCUGGACGCCCUGAUGGAACCGACCAGCAGAGGCUUCUCUGAGGUCCGCGAGGUGUUCUUCAGAGAGCUGGUGGACAUGAGCAAGAACACCCUCAAUGAUGGCACCAAGGAGACCAUAGCACAGCACAUGGAGAAGAUCUCCAUGCUGGCCUUCCAUCCGGUGAAGAUGCACAGCUGCUAUGAGAAGGUGGAGCACCUGAGUCUGGAAGGUCUGCAGCAGAGGUUUGAUGUGUCCAGCCCCUCAGUGUUCACCCAGAGGGCCCAGAUCCUCAUGAGAGAGCAAAUGGACGAUGCAGUCUAUACGUUUGAGCAGAUCCUUCACCAGAGUCUGGAGUCUCAGGGCACAGAGGAGCUCUGCAAGACCAUCCAGCGCUGCCAGGACCGAGUCAUCAAGAAAUUUGACUAUGACAGCAGCACAGUGAGGAAGCGCUUCUUCCGCGAGGCUCUGCUUCAGAUCUUCAUCCCCUACAUGCUGAAGCAGCUCAGCCCUUCCUGUGCUUCGGAGCUGCCGCGCUUCCAGGAGCUGAUCUUUGAAGACUUCUCCCGUUUCAUCCUGGUGGAGAACAUCUUUGAGGAGGUGGUGCUGCACUCAGCCAUGAAGGACAUCAUGAUGGCUGUGAAGGAGGCGGCGGUCCAGAGGAGACACAACCUGUACAGGGACAGCAUUGUCCUCAGCAACAGCGACCCCAGCCUGCACCUACUGGGAGAAAACCCUUCCAUCGACUGGGCUAAAGAACACGGAGGAGCCAAGGAGGAGGUGGAUGGAGCAGGGGAGGACAGUGAGGGGGGCGACGAGAGUGAAGGUGGGGAUUCCCAGAAGAAGAGAAGGAUGAAGCAGGUUGUGUCCAUGAUUCAGGUGGAAGACUCCCCGGUCCUGUCCACCGAGUCGUGCAUGGAGGUGCCCUGCAAUGAUGACAUCCCAGAGAGAGAUGAGGAGGAGGAAGAGAAGGAAGGAGAUGGGGAGGAGAGCUCAGAUGGUAAAGCUUCUCCUGACCAGAAUGGAUCCGCUAGUCCCAGAGCUUCAGAGAACUCAGGCCUGUCAAACGGCUCUGUGUUGAAGGAAGAGGAGGCCAGAGCGGAGGAGCAGGUUAAAGAAAUCCCGCUGAAGGUCGAGUCUGCUACAGCAGGUGCUUCGGCCUCAGAGGAGGAGGAGAAGAAGGGAGAAGACAGACAGCUGGUGCUGGAAGAACAACCGCCCACCAACCAGGAGGUGUCAGAGGAGGCGUUGCCCCCAGCGCCUGGAGCUACAGACACAGCUCGAGAGAACCCUCCGGAGGUGACCGCUGACUUCCCUCCACCUCCCCAUGAUGACAGCGGUUUCCAGUCUCCCACCAGUGAAGGAGCAGAGGAGGAGGAGGAGGAAGCGGCAGCCCCUUGCACAGUGGCCCCUCCACCAGCAGAGGAGCACCUUGAGGUGAAGGAGACAAGUACCACCAUUACACCAGAAGCUGAAGCCAAAACCAUUGACUCCAAGACCAGUGACCAGUGAUGAAACUGUUUCCAUUUGUUUGACUGAAACUGAAUCCCACCCUGUUUUUGUUUCUUUUUUUGAUGAACAUGAAAAAAAAAAAACACUUGAUGCUGUUUGAACCACAUCAGUUUCCCUUUUCCACGAGUUUCAGACAUGUAAUCACUCAGCAGAUUAUUCUCACCGAGCAGGGCUCAGGUACUGUCCUCCUUUUUUAUUCAUAUUGUUUUUUUGUUUGUAAUUUUCACAAUUUUGGAUCUGACAGAAAAAUGCUCAGCAAACUCUGACCUGUCGGUCCUCAUAAGUUCUCUUCACCUGGUAUGAAUGUGAGCACAGUGGACGACCUCACGUCCCUGAUGGUUCUAAACGUGACACGAACAGCCAAGCUGAGAUGCCUUUGGUGAAAGAGGUGACUGAUACGUUUGUGGCCUAAGGUAGAAGGAGAUGAGUUAAUUCAGCUCUGAUUAUAUACACGUGCAGAGUGAUUAUGCAGGAAGGUUAAAGUUCAUAACUUUUGUGGUGUUUCUGUUUCAGCUGAUUGUAGAUUGGAAGUGUUGUGUCGGUGUAAACUCACUGGGGUGAGGAUCAUCUUGAACCAAGUGUGACAAAAAAAAAAA